GCUUGGAGCUUACCGAACAAACAGCAACCGCUUAUAUGGUGUUGUGUGGUGGGGUCGGCAGCAUCUCCGCCACUUAUCUUCCUACAUAAUCCUUUUUGUCUCCACGCGCCACCGAUGUGCGAGCAAGCCAUUCAAAAUUUCUUCCUUGUUGCUGCAUACAGAAAGCAAAGGCCAAAUUGAACAAGGAGGUCGCCCACUAAUUAACGUCAGUUUCGUGUCUUGUCGAGACGCCGGUGACGAAGUUAAUACGACAAACGUCUCUGUGUUCAAGAUAACCACUCAAAACGUCAGAUUUGCAAUAUCUUAAUCUCCUUAGAAACCUCGAAAUUGAAAGAGCAACUGAAGCUGUUUAGGUUUUCGGAUUGUGGGAUUUUGUGGUUAUGAUCUAAGGUGUGAUGGAGGAAUGAUGACAUUCAAAAGUUCUGUUAUGGAGUUUUGUUAAAGCUAAACUUAUGCUACUAAAGUUAUGGAGACACAACACGCGUUAUCCAUUCAGAGAUCAAGUCCAACACAACUUAGCAACCAUGGAACAACCAGAGCUCUAUCAUCAUCUUUCCCUGUUCAUCAUACCACUUUGGAAGAGAAGCAUCCCAAAUUGUUGGACUCUCAACUGUCUUCAACUAAUGGUACUGUUGGUCACAUUUUUUCAUCGUCUUCAGGGAUGUCUUCAGAUCUUCACUUCUCUUCCAUUUCUCCUAACGAAACUUGUUCGAAAAAAGCCCCUUUCAUUACUCAAUCCUCAGGAGUUCUUCGCUCCACUGCUUUCCGCCAGUAUAUGAAAGAAAACAACACGAGUUCUUGGUCUACAGAUUCACUAUCAGAUUUUCUUGAAUACCCUGAAAGUAGCCCUAUUGAGCCAACUAAUUUACAACCCACUCCCACUGAAAAUGGUUCUUGUGACCUGCCACCUGAGGAUUUUGCCAAACCAAAUGAUUGGCAGGAUUGGGCUGACCAGCUAAUCACAGAAGAUGAUGCUGCAACCCCAAAUUGGAAUGAUAUUCUAGUUGAUACAGAGCCAAAGCUGGAACUUCCUGUGGGGGGAUCAUCCACAAAGUCAAUGGAAGUCAAAAAGAUGGUUCCUGCAUCACCUGGAGAGUUAUGCAGCCCAAUGACACCAUCAUCAUGUGGGGGUGGGUCCCACUCCCAAUCCCAAAACAAGCCAAGAAUGCGUUGGACACCAGAACUCCAUGAAGCAUUCGUGGAGGCAGUUAACAAGCUGGGUGGAAGUGAAAGAGCUACCCCCAAGGGAGUAUUGAAACAAAUGAAAGUUGAAGGCUUAACCAUCUAUCAUGUAAAAAGUCAUCUACAGAAAUACCGAACAGCUAGAUACAAACCUGAACCUUCAUCAGAAGGACCUUCAGAGAAAAAGCCUACUUCAAUGCAAGAUUUACCAUCCUUGGAUUUGAAAGCGAGUUUGGAGAUGACGGAAGCAUUACGAUUACAGGUGGAAGUUCAAAAAAGGCUACACGAACAACUGGAGAUUCAAAGAAACCUACAGAUGAGAAUAGAAGAACAAGGGAAGUACCUCCAAAUGAUCUUUGAGAAGCAAUGCAAGUUCGGCAUUGACAACCUCAAAUCUUCAUCAUCCACCCACACCCCCGAAAAAUCAGAAACCGAAUUAUUGACCAAUGAGAUUUCAAGUUCUCCGGUUUUAACAGAACCGGAAACGGAACGGGACCCGGUUAAAGUUGGAUCACCAUCAAGCAAGGUAGAAGUGGACCCCUUGGAAUCACAACCUGCAAAACGUGCUAAAUUAAACGACUCGUCGUCAUAAGAGCCGUAACAUACUGUAAAUACAUGUACCAUCACUUGCUUUUGGAUUAUGAACUUCAUUAGUAGGUUGCGUCUGGACAAACUUUCUUUCUAGGGCUAUUUGCGAUGAUGGGAUGAGGAGGAGGGCUUUUAUGUUGCCAUCUUUUUCUAUGUCAGUGAGUGGAAUUAGAAAUCGUAGUUUUUGAACCAUUGUUAUGAGUCUCUGUGUAAUGCAUGCCAAAUGCAUAUCAUGUUGUCGUGUCUAACGCUAAAGUGGCGAUAUUCUUAAUUCUUGUGCAGUUUUGGUGUAUUAUUGAAGCGAAGGUAGCUAGGUACAAGUAUUAAGUUUCAUCCUGUAGACACCGUAUGUUGUUUGCCAAAACUGCACCUUGACUAUCUUUAGUUCUGUUGUAAAUAUGUAUCGGAUUUGCAAUUUUUUUUUGUUUUUGCGGUGA